CCAUGUGGUCUGAGAUGUGAGAAGAGAGUGUGUAUCUGUAAGCCCUGAAAGCAUGCAGGAGUUAGCACUUCAGCAUCUAGUGUUAGAUGUGCUGACUUCACAUGAGGAGCUGUGUUUCCUGGGCUUGUGAAGAGCAGUGUCUGGACAAGUUAAGCAUACUCUCACAGGACCUCCUGCUCCACACAGACUGAGCUUCAUACAAGUCUACAAUUCAUCAACCAGCUGAUCCACAACCAAACUGGCACCGAGAAACAUGGUGUGUGCAGGUGUGUGUCUUCUCCUGUGUCUGCUCUGUUCUGACGUCGUCCUGGCUGAGAGUAACGGUGUGGACAUCAACACUCUCAGGAAAAUCAUUGACUACUUCCAAGCCAAGUUCAGUCCUGGUGAAAAUAAGCCUUACGCCGUGGCCAUAAAUGUCCACCAGGAUUACUGCUCCUCGAAGUUCGACUCCAUCCAGGACAGGUUCCUCCCCAACGACACUCAGCAGGCGGUCCAGAAGGGCCUGAAGAAAAGCUUCUACAAAGGCCAGGAGCUCAUGGCAGCCAAGACGGUGGCCAUGAAGGUCCAAAAGCUCAGCGUCCGUGCCGAGUACAUCCUGCUGUACCCGCCCAACCCCAGCAAGUCCCCCUUGCAGGUUCUGCUGGACAGAACUGAACCGGACAGCUGCGUCGUGUUCUACACCCUCACGGCCCCCUGCGUGAGGACCUGUGCCAACGUCAACGGCCCCUACAGCCUCCUUCCGGGCCUGGACCUGCUCACCAAGUACCAGGGCCCCAAGGCCUUUGUGUUCUCACAGCCCUGGAACGGUGACGAGGAUGCUUCCGGAAGCUUGAAGGAGAUUGACCAGCAUGUGCCCCUCUAUCGUUGCACGCAUCAGUGUGUCGCCUGCAGGGGUAGUCAGGGAGAUGACCCCAUCAACAAGGAGUGCAUUAAUUAA